ACGCUUUGUAAUUCUGUUGAGCACAACGACGAACGAAAGAGAAGGCGGAGCAAAAAAGCAAACGCCGAAUUGCUAAAAAUCAUAAAUUUCUAUAUUUUGAAACAUUCUAAAGAGGACUAGAGAGACUCGCAAACACAAAAGAUGGCUGGUGAGUCAAAACUGGAGAAAAAGCAAGUGCCCCCUAGCGAUAAGGAUGCGAAGGCAAAGCAAGCGUCACAGGGCCAAGAUGGGAAAGAUGCUGCUGGUAAAUCCAAAAAGGAUGAAAAAGAUCAGCAACCCGAGCUUUCCGAUGAGGAUCAACAGCUGCAAGAAGAACUCGAGCUGCUGGUGCAGCAUCUGCAGGAGAACGAUAAGAAAUUGUACAAGCCAGCGCUGGAAAUGAUGGCGAAAUUGAUUCGUGCCUCGACAACAUCGAUGACAUCGGUGCCCAAGCCACUGAAAUUCAUGCGCCCCCACUACGAGACCAUGAAAACGGUGUACAAGCAUAUGCCCGAUGAGCAGACACGUCAAUUGUGCGCUGAUAUCAUUUCGGUGCUCUCGAUGACCAUGGGCAGUGGCAAGGAUUGUCUUGCCUAUCGAUUCCUUUGUGAUCGCACGCAAACUAUUGGCGAUUGGGGACACGAGUAUGUGCGCCAUCUAUCGGGCGAAAUAUCAGCACACUAUCACGACACGACGGGCGAGUUUCGCACCCAGCUUAUUGAGCUGGUCAAGCAGAUUAUACCCUAUAAUAUGGAGCAUAAUGCUGAGGCCGAUGCCUGCGAUCUGCUAAUCGAGAUUGAUCAUUUGCAUUUGUUGGCCGACUAUGUGGAUGAAUCGGCCUAUCCCCGUGUCUGUCUCUAUCUGCAGUCCUGCUAUCCUUAUGUCCCCGAACCGGAUAACACCAUAAUACUGGAGACUGCUUUGCAGCUGGCCCGCAAGUUCCAACAGCAUACGCAAGCUAUGCGUUUGGCACUGAUGCUGAAUGACAUGGGCAAGAUUGGCGAGAUCUUUAAGGAGCCCAAGGAGCCGGCCAUGCAGAAGCAGUUGGCUUUUAUGUUGGCUCGCCAACAAGUCUGCAUUGAGCUGGAUGAAUCGGUAUCGGAUUAUGAUGAUUUGAUGGAGAUCAUGUCGAAUGCCAAUUUGAAUAAGCAUUUCCUGAAUCUGGCCCGUGAGCUGGACAUUAUGGAGCCCAAGACACCCGAGGAUAUCUACAAAUCGCACUUGGAUAACUCCCGUUCACGCUUCGCUUCGAUUCAGGUGGAUUCUGCAAAACAGAAUUUGGCUGCCAGUUUUGUAAAUGGCUUUGUCAAUGCGGGCUUUGGUGUGGACAAGUUGCUCUCGGAGGAUGGCAACAAAUGGCUGUACAAGAAUAAGGAACAUGGCAUGUUGUCGGCCACAGCUUCAUUGGGUCUAAUUCUCUUGUGGGAUGUGGAUGGCGGUCUAACCAUGAUUGACAAGUAUCUAUACUCCACCGAUGACAACAUCAAGUCAGGUGCUUUGUUGGCUUGUGGCAUCGUCAAUUGUGGAAUUCGCAAUGAGGUGGAUCCGGCGCAUGCUCUGCUCUCCGAUUACAUUGAUAAUCCGAAUAGCUGCAUGCGAAUUGGCGCUAUUUUGGGCCUGGGCAUUGCUUAUGCUGGAUCCAAUCGUGCCAUUGUCAUCGAUACGCUGAAAACCAUCUUUGCCAACAAUGGCAAAACAUCGCCCAGUGUGGAGAUCUUGGGCAUCACAGCGCUCUCGCUCGGUUUGAUUAGCGUGGGUUCGUGCAAUGCCGAGAUUACCGAGAUCUUGCUGCAGACCAUCAUGGGAUUGACCAAGACGGACAUGAAGGACACUUAUACGCGUUUCCUUUGGUUGGGUCUGGGUUUGUUGUAUUUGGGACGUCAGAAGUCGACCGAAGCCGUUAUGAUGACCCUGGAGGUACUGGAAGAGCCGCACCGCAGCAUGGCCACCACCAUGGUGGAUAUUUGCGCCUAUGCGGGCACUGGCAAUGUGCUCAAGAUUCAGCAGCUGUUGCAUAUUUGCUCUGAUCACUACGAGACAUCGAACGCUGAUGAGGAGAAGGAGAAAGGCAAGAAGGACAAGAGCAAGGAGAAGGAGAAAGACAAGGAGAAGGAGAAAGAAAAGGAAAAGGAGCGCGAAAAGGAUUUGUCGGCCACACAAUCGAUUGCUGUGCUGGGCAUUGCAUUGAUUGCCAUGGGCGAGGACAUUGGCGCCGAGAUGGCAUACCGUUCCUUUGGCAAUCUGUUGCGCUACUGUGAACCGGCCAUUCGUCGUGCUGUUCCCUUGGCUUUGGGUCUGAUUUCUGCCUCCAAUCCCAAGCUCAACAUACUGGAUACGCUGAGCAAGUUCUCGCACGAUGUCGACGCUGAGGUGGCCCACAAUGCCAUCUUUGCCAUGGGUCUGGUUGGAGCUGGCACCAAUAAUGCACGUCUCGCCUCUAUGUUGCGCCAGUUGGCACAGUAUCAUUCAAAGGAUCCCAGCAAUCUGUUUAUGGUGCGCAUCGCACAGAGUUUGACGCAUUUGGGCAAGGGAACGUUGUCGCUGAGUCCAUAUCACAGUGAUCGCCAGUUGAUGAAUCCCAUGGCUGUAGCUGGUUUAAUGGCCACAUUGGUGUCACUGCUGGAUGUCAAGAAUCUGAUCCUCAAUCGUUCGCAUUAUCUGCUCUACACACUGGUGCCCGCCAUGCAGGCGCGCAUGCUCAUCACCUUCGACGAGGAACUGAAUCAACUUCAGGUCCCCGUUCGUGUGGGUAUCGCCAUUGAUGUUGUGGGUCAGGCAGGUAAACCGAAGACCAUCACUGGCUUCCAGACACACACCACGCCCGUGUUGUUGGCCAUUGGUGAGCGCGCCGAGCUGGCUACCGAUGAGUAUAUUUCGCUGACGCCUGUAAUGGAGGGAUUCGUCAUACUGAAGAAGAACCCCAACUUUGUCAAGUAGUCGCUGCUAUUGUUUAAGAAAUAUGAUAUGUAUGAAAUGUCGCCCAUUUAAAGAAACCUACCUAAACAUAAACUUCCUGCCCCCAAAAACAAAUAAAUCUUUUCAUGUCAUACAUAAAUAAACACAAUACUAAUUAUAUAAAAAGAAUUAAAA